CCUCUCUCUUCUUACUCUUUGUAAUAGUCUUUUAUGCUUUUUCUUUUCUUUUCCUUUCUCUCCGUUAAUUUUCUUUUCAUUCACAACUGGAAAAAAGUCAGCGCCACAGUCCUUUCCGCCUCUCGUGCCUGUGCGUUUCCUUUUCCGCUCGUUUGCUCAACAAAAUAAACAGCUGUAUUCGGUGUUCGGAAACUUUCUACGUUGAUUUUGGGAGUAACUGAAAAUGGCUGCAGGGGACUGGGAUCUAUAUGCGGUGGUGAGGAGUUGUACGUCCGCCACCAACACAUCCACCUCCGCCGUAUCAGGAAACUAUUUCUCGAAUGGGAAUAAUGAUAGUUGGCGCGAAGACCCUUUAGCUUGCUUAGCUUCGUUGACGUUUGAGGAAGAAGAUGAUCCGUUAACAUUUCCUAAUCUUAAAAAAAGUGGUUCUUUACAAGAUUCUUACGAGCCUUUGUUAUCCGACCCCACCACCACCGUCAUCAGCACUAAUCAUGGUACAGAUCCGAGCUCUUCGAGGUCCAUUAAUGGAGUAUCUAGUGGCCAAUAUCAUCAAUGGCAGCAGCAGCUUAUUAAGCCAUUAAACACACAACAGCAGUUGAAAAAACCAAGAAAGAGGAAGAACCAGCAGAAGAGAACUGUAUGCCAUGUAACAGCUGAUAAUUUGUCUUCGGAUCCGUGGGCAUGGCGUAAAUACGGACAAAAGCCUAUCAAAGGGUCACCGUAUCCAAGAAAUUACUACAGGUGCAGUAGCUCAAAGGGGUGCUCAGCGAGGAAACAAGUGGAGCGUAGUAAUUUGGAACCCAACGUCUUCAUCGUUACGUAUACGGGUGACCACACGCACCCUAGGCCCACUCACCGGAAUUCUCUCGCCGGUAGUACUCGGAACAAGCUAUCAACCGUUCAAAGGGCCGCCGCCCCCGCCACAGCUUCUUGCUCUACUUCGCCGACCACGGUUUCAGCUCCUGGAGGCACAGCAGCCGACGUGAACAACAACGCAGGCGAUAAUGGAGAUGACGAUGACGAGAGCACUGACAACAUCGCUCCUGAAAUGUCACCGGAAGCGGUAAACGAUUACGAAGAUGAUCUUCUGAUCCCCGACGUGCAUGUUGAUGACGAUCUCUUCAAGGGAUUGGAAGAGCUGGUAGGUGAUGCUGGCGGUGGCAGCAGCAGUAGUACUGGUAGUGGAUUAGGAAACAGCUCUGCCUUCGGUGAUAAGUUCUCCUCUUGGGGCACCGGUAGCUCCGCCUCCGCCGCCGCCGGUGGUGGCUGGUAGGCUGAUUUUCACCUUUUUUUGGGCGGUAAACGUGUAGGGUGUGUUUUUUUGGGUAGCUUAAUUUUCUCUUCUUUAAGUUGUUCAAUAACAUAAAUACAGAAGAGAAAGCAUAUUUUACACCUUUAAUUUCGUGUAUAUGUCAUAGAAAAGAUUCUAUUCAUCCAAAGUUAAUAUUGUAUCGUAUCGUUCAAAAAAGAAAGUUAAUAUUGUAAUUAUAAUAAUAAA